AUGUCCGGCCGCUCGCCGCACUUCGGCCGUCCAGAAGCCUCUCACGGACAGCGACACAAUCCGCAUGCCUCACACCAAGACCAUUCACCCAGUUCCACGCUGCUGUUGCGGGGCCUGGCGCGCUCUGUGGACGACGAAAUGAUCCUCCGCGCGUUGGCGUCUUUCCGACCGUUGCAGGCGAGAACCAUUUACGACAAGGCCACUGGAGAACCGCGAGGGUUCGCCUUUGUCGACUUUGACUCGGUGGAGAGUGCGAUGCAAGCCAUGAACGCUUUCGAGUCGACGCCUCUGGUACUGGAGCAUCGAGCUGUGAACGUUAGCUACACGGACGGAUUCCGUCGUCGUUCAGCGGAUGAUUCAAACCGACCCAAUGACCAGCGCCAGGGGUGGCAACCGCGACCAGACUGGAUUUGUGAUGGGUGCAACGUGACCAAUUUCGCUCGACGGACGAUUUGUUUCCAGUGCAAUGCACCCAAGACAGCUCAAACGAAGGAAAUCCCAGUGACAGCAUCAUAUCGCCAAGAGCAAAUGCGCAACCGAAAUGAUUCUCAGUAUACAGGGGAAUCUGCUACCAUGAUAUCUCUCGGUGCUCCGUCAAGAGAUGAGAUGGGUACACACAGACGCGGUGAACACGCCCGACAUGUUCCUCCGUCUCAAGUUCUAGUAGUGCGCAUGCUCCCACCAGAUAUCGAGGAAGGCGAGCUCCAAGUAGCCUUCGCAGAGUUUGACGGCGUACAAGAUAUCCGUCUUAUUCGAGAUCGCGCGACGAAUCUGUCGCGAGGUUUUGGCUUCGUCGAGUUCCGCGAUAUCGAAGCAGCGACGAGUGCUCUGCGACAAUGUGCUGGCUUAGUUGUCCAAAAUACGCACGUGGAGGUGUCGUAUGCUCGGGAUACUCUGGCCAGCAGGUCGCAAUAUGUGGCGGACUUGCAUCCUGGACCGCGCACUGGCAGCUCCAUGGUCGUCACAGCGUUGGAACAAGCGCAAUGGUCGCUCUCUCAAGGACGCGGAGCUGAAGCCACAACUGAUCAGAACAUUGUCGACCAAGACGUGAGUGCACUUCUGGAUAGUGCUGCAGCCGCUGUUGUGCCUCGCUUCGAAGAACCCAAGAAGAUGUGGCCUCCGCCAUUCGAGACAGCAGGCGGCAGCUACGUAUAUGUUAGCGAGUAUGGACUCUAUUGGGAUCCGGACAGCUUGUUCUACUACGACGCACACACCAUGAUGUACCAUAACUCGUUCACUGGUACGUACUACCGGUGCGUGGAUCCUCAGAGCAGCGGAGCGUCUGCUUUUCAGGUAUUCGAGCCACCGCUACCAGUUGACGAUGAAGCGUACAACGAGGCAACCACAGCGAAGUUACCUGCUACAAGUAAAUCAGCGUUGAGUUUAUCACUGAAGAAAGACAAGAAGAAAGCGCCUGCAAUCUCGUUUGCCAUCAAGACUACAGCAUUCGCUUCAGCAACGGUGGCUGAGAAAACCCCGAUGAAAGUGGGGACCAGUGUUGCUUCAUCUGCAGUCAGUGCUGUAAGUGUGACCAGUAUUGGCAUGAAGCGUAAGAGCGCAGACGACAUUGCUAAGUGGUCGCAGCGGCAACGUGAAGCAAAAGAUGAGUCAAGUCCAACAAUUGCUCAAGAGGUGACUAUUUCAUCGCAGAAGACGGAGACUAGUGCUGCGUCUACUGAUUCCGUCAUCGAUGCCUUGACGAGUGUGCCUCAAGAAGUACCCAUUUGUCUGCUUUGUCGACGGAAAUUCGGGUCGUUGGAGAUGCUUCGCAAGCAUGAGAAGUUGUCAAAGUUGCACUUGGCGAACAUGGCAAAGGCGAAUAAGAACAAGCAACAUAUCGCUGCGCAGUAUCGAGAGCACGAGAAGGAGAUGGAACGAGAUGCCAAGAAGCAGCGGCAAGAAGAGAAUGCUCCGCCUUCAGCCAGCAACAACUGGAGUGCGUCUGCUCCCAGCUCGAAUCCUGAGUCCACGACGAACUCACUUGAGUCAGGUAUUGGUGGCAAGAUGCUCAAGAUGAUGGGAUGGAAGAGCGGCGAGGGACUCGGCAAGCAUGGCACAGGCAUCACAGCACCGAUCAAUGCCGCUGGACAAGGCGGGCGUAGUGAUACGGCCGGACUCGGGUCCAAGGCGCCGCUCUCUGCGUCAGUGGAUCUCUCGGACGUCACCUCCGACAAAGAACGUCGCCAGCGACUUGCCCGCGCUCGCUACGACAAUGCCUAG